UCGACGCUACUGUCGCGUCGUUGUCGUGCUGCUGUAACUGAACUUUAAACAUUUCCAAAUGUCAAACUCCGGCUUGUUCAACUACGGAAAAUUUUGGCUACUUUGCAAAUUACUAGAACGGUUGACGUUAAUAGAGAAGACGCAUUAAAUUUACGCUGGUCACAUCUCAGGGGUGUUUUCAGUCUGGUGAUGGGGUUCUGGCAUCCGCUCACCAAUCUCAGAGAUUAUGUAUCCCAGAAUCCUCCGAUGGUGACUUUUUUCUUGUGCCUACUGACUCUGGCUGUCACCUUCAUCUCCCUCAGCUCUUACAGCUACAGUCACAGUGUGCCUAACCCUGACACAGCAAAGGACUGGAACCAUCUGUUGUCCUCCUUAUCACAAUUUCAACUGUGUGUUAACGCCAAUGCAAGUUCACCUGAGCUUGUCUCAUCAGCCCCCUCUCCUCUGGUAAAAAGAGAUGCUUCAGUUCACCCCAGAAACACUCCAUCUGUAACCACUUUACAUCUCAAGGUUCCUCUGACGGUCACUUCACACUCAAACAGUGGCUCCUUAAAAGAUUUGGCUCUACUCACUGCCUUUAACAGCAGUCAGCUUCAUCUUGGAGGCAAUGACAGUGUUAAUAUGACUCUAGAGGUUGUUUCUGGAAAUGACACUUACACCUGCCUCACCAUAAGUGCUCCAACUCACCUCCUGCCCAUGAGCCUACUUCCAUUAGAGUGCACUGCAUCUGAGAAAAACAUUUCACCCAUCCGUGUGGAAGCAAAGAAACAGCUGCCUACAGGGUCACAAACCUGCUACAGUUUACACUCUGAAAAUGACCCUUCACUCACAGUUAUGUUAACACAGGAGGAGAGGAAUGUGGCAGUGCGACAUCUGUUGGAAGUUAGUGUGUGUCUGCUUGGAGUCUGUGUGAUUCUCUGUUUAGCUGCCAGUCUGACACAUUCACUUGUACGACGCCACCACUGGAAUGGACUAGAUCUUCAAAAUGAGCCCUUAAUUGACAGCUGAAUGUUCCCCUGAAGAAAUCAGUUGUCAAAUAUGAGAGAAGAGCAAUAUGAAAUGCCAGUUUCACAGGGACAUUCUGCUGAUUCACAAAUAACUUCAUCAGGAGUUCUCUGUCAGUGAAUACAUUUGUAUAUCCUCUUGACACAGCUCUCUAACGCUGGAGGAGGAAUGUUGUUGACGUCAUCAGUCAUCUCAACUUGGGUAUGAAGGCUUAUUAUUACGUAGCAAAUCUCAAGCCAGGCUUACUCAGAGGAAACAGUACAGGCAGUGUAAAAAUGACCAUUUUAAUGUUUUUUUUAAACUGGUUUCCUAACUCUUAGAAAGAGCAACACUUAAUCAACCUGACCGAUCAAUUGACCUGUUUUUGACAGAGGAGGAGAGUAUUACGUGAUGGACCAUGGUGCAAUGGGAACAGCCCCUCACUGGCCAUACUCAUACCUUCGGCUGUUAGUUGAUCACUGUUCAGUCUUUUGGGGGCAUUUAUGCAACCAUGUAGUUAUGCAUUCCACUGAAAUUGAAAUUAUUUGUCUUUUCCAGUUCACACAUUUCUCAGAAAUACUCUCAAGUUGCAUUGAUGCAUUAAGUUUUGUUUAUGUGUAAAACAAUUUAAAUGAAAAAAUGAAUGUGUUUUAAACUGAAAGAAGAAAUAUUACACACUCUAUUCUAUCAGAAAAAAAUAUUUCUCUUCAUACAGUUUACUGGACCAAAUACUUGGAAGUACAAUGCUGUUUGCCUCUUUUAAUUUACACGUUUUUAACAUUUACAGCUAAUUGUUUCCAGAUACAUUAAUGCUUUUUAAAAUGAACUACAAUCUGUUUUACUUGCCCAAGUAUUGAAAUUUUCAGAAGUGAGUGAUGGAAAAAAGCUAAAAGAAUGACCCCUAUCUGAACUUUUGAGUAACAUAAGGUUAACAUAAUAUAAUAUAAGGAAAAUUUAAAAAGUUUAAUUUGUGCUAAAGUUGCCUUGAUUUAGCAGAGUUUUUUUCAAUUUGUUUUCUUCUACACAAUAAAAAGGAUACACCUGUAAAGUUUUCACAUCAAGUGACUGAUAGAAACAGUUCAGAAACAGGAUGACUGCAGGCAUCCUACAUUCCAACUCCUUUGUUCUUGAUUUUACAAGAAUUAAACAUUA